AUGCAUGUUUAUUUGGGAAAAUGCAUUGUACAUUUCUUUUUCGACUUGUUAUCGUGGCAUGCAUUUGUUCCCUCUUCACCGUUAAUUUGUUUCUGCGUUGGUACUAAACGUUUACCGGGAUGUUUCCAGAAGUUAGGUGCAGAUGUCGCAAAAAGUCCUGCUGACGUUGCUGCCGCGUGUCCUGAAAUAGUAUUGAUGCUUCCUUCGAAGGAUGAAGUGGACGAUGUGUUUAGUCGGGAUGAUGGAAUUUUGAGCACGAUAAAAGCGGGAACCCUUUGUAUUGACUGUUCGACAGUUGACUAUGGUUUCACAAAGUCUCUGUCAGAAAGAAUCGAGGCAAAAACUGCACACUACGUUGAUGCACCUGCGAGUGGUGGAGUUUUGGCAGCUAAACGCGCUUCUCUGACUUUCAUGAUUGGAGGAGAUCACCUGUCGUACCAUCGGGCUAAAGCCUUACUGGUAUUGUUGGGUCGUCACAUUGUUCACUGCGGUCCGGUCGGCAGCGGACAAGCAGCCACAAUGUGUAAUCGUUUACUUUUCUGUGCGCAGAUGAUUGGGUUGUCAGAGGUUCUAAAUUUAGCGGAGAAGUUGGGGAUCUCACCUGACUUAAUGACAUCAGUUAUCAACUUAAGUUCGGGAAGGUGCUUUGCAUCAGAAAACUACAAUCCAGUUCCUGGUUUGAAUGAAGAUGUACCUGCAUCUCGAGGUUAUACGAAAGGCCUUAAGUGUCAUCAUGCUGCUAAACAUCUUCAAUUAGCUCAGUACGCUGCGAUGAAAACAGGGACUGCAAUUCCGCUAACAUCGUUGGCGAGUCAGAUUUAUCGUUUGUUGGGGAAUUCUUCAAAAUACAGAGAUUUGGAUGUUAGCGCUGUGAUCAAGUUUCUAAAGGGCGAGGAAUAG